AUGACUGAUUUAUGCCCAGUUUAUGCUCCAUUUUUUGGUGCCCUUGGUUGUGCUGCCUCCAUUAUUUUUACCUCAUUUGGUGCUGCCUAUGGUACUGCUAAAUCCGGUGUUGGUGUUUGUGUCACAUGUGUUUUAAGACCAGAUCUUCUAAUUAAGAGUAUUGUCCCUGUUGUUAUGGCUGGUAUUAUUGCAAUUUAUGGGCUAGUUGUCUCUGUUCUUGUUGUUUAUUCAUUGGGUCAAAAACAAGCUUUAUACACCGGGUUUAUUCAGUUGGGUGCAGGUCUAUCUGUUGGGCUAAGUGGGUUGGCUGCGGGUUUUGCUAUUGGUAUUGUUGGUGAUGCUGGUGUUAGAGGUACUGCUCAACAACCAAGAUUAUUCGUUGGUAUGAUUUUGAUCUUGAUUUUCUCUGAAGUUUUGGGUCUUUAUGGGUUAAUUGUUGCAUUACUAUUGAAUUCAAGAGCUACUCAAGAUGUCAUCUGUUAA